AUGGGAUUCCCAGAACGAGACGCAGACGCGGGAGAUGAUGACGAGGAAGCGCAAAAGGUGGCGAGUACAAAAGCUAAGAAGGUAGCGGCGAAGAAUAAAGCGAAACCGGAGGGAGCGGAGAAGGAAGCGGGGGAGGAAGCGGGGGAAGGAGCGGAGGAGGAUGACGCGCUGCUGACGAAGCCGCCGUCGAAACGGCAGCAGUUGAUGCAUCACCUGCAAUCCCCCGUUUUUAUCACCCGGCUAGUUAUGAUGGCGUUUCUGGUGAUAGUGGUGGUGGUGCUCACAGUCGGCACGUGGUUCGCCGCCAAAACUGUCUACAGCCAAUCGCUCGACGCCGUCGCCCUUCAGCUGCGCGAGAAGACCCUAGUGGGCGUGCAGGAGCAGUUCCUGCUGUACAUAAACCGCGACCGCGACGUGCUCGUGUCGCUCUCCUCUGUGCUCGAAACCACCUUCCAGCAGCUGCGCACGUGGAACCUAACUCUUAACGAUAACCUCAGACUGGUCCGUCCCCUACUCUGGUCGUUCUUCAAGAGCUCACUGCCACACAUCACCACGCUCGGCUACUACAGCAUGACAGGCCCCUUUGUAACAUACGCACAGUACGACCUGGCAAAACAAUCCUUCGCCUCCCAGGACGGAUCCCUCUCCAUGGUCUAUUCCAAAAACGUCCUCCCCAACUCCACCGCCCCCUGGUUCAUCCUGCCCACAAACUCCUCCUCCGGGCUGCCCGCAAACAACACGCCGACGCCGUUCAAGCCGCUACGACUAGGAUCCGUGGAACUAUACCAGCAGAUCGAGCGCGGGGAGGAGAAUCUCCUGUGGACGUUCAACGCGAUUCAGGACCUGUCAGGCCCGAUGCUCGUCGCCACCUCAGCAGUGCAGGUUCCAGAGAGGCGCGCCCCUGUGGGCGUGCUCAUUCUAGGCACGUCCGUGGGUGUGGUGAACAGGUUUCUCGGGCAGGACACAAUAGAGGGCUGUGUGAUGUACAUCGGAAGCUCUGAAGGGUUCCUGGUGGCGACGUCGACGGGGGUGGCUACGUCUACCCCGACUGAAGACGGGCGGUUGCAGCAGUUUGUGAAUGCGACGGAUGUGGAGGAUGCGACGAUUGCAGGCGUGGCGCGGUAUUUGGAGCGGGAGUUUGGGCUGCCGGCUCUGGUGGCGGGGAAUUAUAGUCUGAGCAAUGUGGAUGUGGUGGGGCGCGCGUGGUACGUCAGCAGCAUGGGCUUCGCCGUUGAUAACCUGAGGCUGUACCUGGUGAUCAUCCUCCCACGCACGUCCAUAAUGGGCACAGUGGAUCACGAGAUGGAGACAAUGAUCAUAGUCACAUCCUGUGUGGCGGUGGGGCUGCUGCUGCUGGGGUGGGUGGUGGUGAUCUUUCUCACGCUCUACGUGGACACGCGCAUGCGCCCCAAGGAGGAGCUGCAGCGCCAGAAGGAGGAGACACAGCGGGCGCAGGCUGCUUCUGAGGUCAAGAGCCAGUUCCUCGCCAACAUCUCCCACGACCUGCGGACGCCCAUGGCCGGCAUCCUGGGUCUGUUGGACAUCAUGCUGUGCGAUCACCUAACAGCGGAGCAAGAGGCCAAUCUGCGGCAGAUGAAGUCGUGCUGCGCGUCCCUCCUGGGGCUGCUGAACAACCUGCUGGACCUGGCCAAGGUGGAGGCGGGGCGCAUGCAGCUGGAGGUGCUGGAGUUUGACAUUGUGGGCGAGCUCGAGUCGCUCGUCGACAUGUUCAGCGUGCAGGGAUUGAGCAACGGCACGGAGAUCGCUCUGGAUCUGUCGGAUGAUAUUGAGCGGACCGUUAAAGGGGAUCCCUCCCGUGUCCGGCAGGUGUUCGCGAAUCUGCUGAGCAACGCGUGCAAGUUCACGCAGAACGGGCAGGUGAUUGUGAGGGGGUGGAUGAGACACAACCCGCCGCCCCACCUCCGCGACUCGGACCUGUCCAUCCCGGGAGAGAAGAAGCGAGCCAGCCACGACGCAGACAGCGCGUCAGCUUCAGCCACAACCACUGCUGCCACCGACGCUGCAGGCGGCACAGAGGGCGACCCAUCCGACCCGUCAACAGCAGCAGGCGCAGCAGCAGCAGCAGGGGGGGCGGGAGGGGGCGCAGGGGCAGGGGGCGGAGCGGGUGCAGGCGGGAAGGAGGGGGGUCGGGAGAGGCGGAUGGUGACGUUUAUGUUUGAGGUGGAUGAUUCGGGGCCGGGCAUUCCCGCGCACAAGAGGCAGCUCGUGUUUGAAAACUUCCAGCAGGCCGAUGCCUCCACUAAUCGCACCCAUGGCGGCACCGGGCUCGGCCUGGGCAUCGUCAAAUCCCUGGUGCAACUGAUGGGCGGGCGCAUAGCGGUGGUGGACAAGGAGGGGGCGGGGGCGCGGUUCCGGUUUGACCUGUGCUGUGAGGCGCUGGACCACAGCAGCGUGUGGAAGAACAGCAUGCUGCAGCCCGAGUUCCUCCUCCCCAAGCUCACCACCGUCGAGGGCGGCCAGGUGCUCCUCGCCAUGCGCGAGGAGUCCGCCAGCGCCGCCAUUGCCUGCUCGUGGCUCGAGCGCAGGAAGCUGCACGUGUGGCGGGCCACGCAGUGGGGCGAUAUCAUGCCGGCGGUUUCGUCUAUGCUGGUGCAUAGAGCGUCGGAUCGAGCGGGGUUACAGCCGAGAGUGUCGAGAUCUAUGGUGGGGUUUUCCGCGCCGCUGGCUCGGUCGUUUCAGCCGGGCAGGGAGGGGCUUGGGGCGAGCGGGAGGGGCGGUGCAGGUAGGGGAGUGGGGAAGGAAGGGGUGUUUAGUCCGAUUCCGGAGCUGAACCAAAGCCAAGGGGCGUCGUUUAGGGACGGGGGAGGCUCGGCCAGCCCUGCUGCCGGACCUGCUGGUCAUCGCCCCACCACCCCGAGAGAUCGUGUUCCUCCGAGCCAGCCCUAUGCCUCAGGCUCGGUAAAUAGUGGUGCCUCGGUAGCAAGUCCUGCCGCGGCAGGGAGCAGCGCAGGUCCGGGCCGAGCCAUGUCUCCAGCCUCGUCGUUCUCCCGAAGCUCCUUCAACGAGCACGGCAGGGUAAAUAGCCCCGGAACGGUGGGGGACGACGGCGCAGGUACCCCCGGCGGCAACAGCUUCGGCUCCGCCAACUCGCGUCUAGUCCUCGCGAUUAUCGACGUGUCUCUAGUCCCGAACCUGUACCAGUUCAUAGCAGAGGAGCUUCAUAUUUUCCGAGCCAGGCUGCAGCACCAGGGGUUUGUGAUCGCGUGGCUCGUGGAGCAUAACACGUCGGCGGAUACGAGACGGUCGCUGCGGCGGUCGGGGUGUGCGGUGGCGUCCAAGCCGCUGUAUGCGUCGCGCAUGGCGCCGCUGCUGGCGCUGGCGACUGCGAGGAAUGGGGUGGCGCAUUCGAGCUCGAGUAUUGACAUGCCGCCGCUGCCCAGUGCGGGGGCGGGGAGGAGGGAACAAGGGGGAGGGGGAGGCGGAGGAGGAGGUGGUGGGGGAGGUGCGGGGCCACACUGGCAUGGAGAGGACUCGGUGAGAAAUGUUUUUUUCUCUGCUGGCCGGAUGUGUGGCGGCCCUCAUCCUUCCUCCCUCUCCCCUCCCCUCCCCUCCCCUCCCCUCCCCUCCCCUCCCCUCCCCUCCCCUCCCCUCCCCUCCCCUCCCCUCCCCUCCCCUCCCCUUCCCCCCCCUCCCCUCCCCUCUCCUCCCCUCCCACCCACUCUUCCUCCCCUCUCCCGCAUUCCACAGAGCUGGUCGCUCCCCCCGCCAGUGGAGGAGGAGGACGUGGCAGUGGACAAACAGGCGCCCGCCACGUCAGCAGCGGGAUCCCGCAGGGCGCUGCCGUCCCCAGCGUCGCUGGCAGCAGCAGCGGGCGGCAUGUCUCCCUCUGCCAGACUCAUGGCACGGGGGGGCGUGGGGGGAGGGGGAGGCGGAGCCGGGGGAGGAGGGGCAGGGGGAGGAGGGGCAGGGGGAUUGGGAGGAGGAGGAGCGGUGGGGUCGCCAGGAGCUGCAGCUGCUGGUGGGGCUGGGGAAGGGCCGAGGGUGGCAGCAGGGGUUGGAGGGGCGAGUGAGAGUCAGAGGGAUGGUGGCAGUGGCAAGGGGUCGACACACAGAGUGGGCCGCGCUCGUUCCUCAUCUCUUCCUCACCCCUUCCCCUCAUUCACCUCACCCCCUUCUCCCCCUCCCCCCACUCACCCCCUUCAACCCCUCCCCUCACUCACCCCCUUUCCCCCUCCCCCCUCACUCACACUCUUAUCCCUUACCCCUUACUCGUUCCCCUUCCCUCCCCUUCCCCUACGGUAUGGUCAUCUCUCUUCCCUGGGCGUGGCAUGGCAGCAUGCCCCGGGGGCAGCAGGGGAGGGCAACUUUGAGACAGCACUGGCGGGCAAGCGGGUGCUCAUCGCAGAGGACACAGCACUGCUGCGCAAGGUGGCCAUAAUCCGAAUGCAGAAGCUGGGGUGCGAGGUGGAGGCGGUGUGUGACGGGCAGCAGGCGGUGGACGCAAUUCUCGCCACCUACGCUGCCAGAGACACUCAGGGAGACGCCGCCACGCACUACGAUGCCGUGCUCAUGGACUGCCAGAUGCCUGUUCUUGACGGGUACGGAGCCACAGCAGCCAUCCGAGCAGCGGAGGCAGGCACGCGGUUCCACACGCCCAUAGUGGCGCUCACAGCCCACGCCAUGACCAGCGACGAGAAGAAGUGCCUGGACGCGGGCAUGGAUGCGUACCUGACCAAGCCCAUCGACCCGGCUCUCAUGGCGCACACUCUGCUCUCCCUCAUGACCCGCUACCCGCGCUGCUGCAUUCCUCACAUUGAGAGCAUUGCGGAGGGUGAGGAGGGGAGUGUGACAGUGGAAGUUGCAGCUGUCGCCUCUGCUGCUGGGGGAGGGGUGGGUGCAGCUGGUUCUGGUUCUGCUGGGGGGGAGCGGCCGGUGUCUCCUGCUGCUGCUCUUGUGCCCAUCGACCCCGCUCUCAUGGCGCACAAGCUGCUCUCCCUCAUGACCCGCUACCCGCGCUGCUGCGUUCCGCACAUUGAGAGCAUUGCGGAGGGCGAGGAGGGGAGUGUAGCAGUUGACGUUGCUGGUACGGCUGACGCCUCUGCUGCUGGGGGAGGGGUGGGUGCAGCUGGUUCUGGUUCUGCUGGGGGGGAGCGGCCGGUCUCUCCUGCGGCGGCUGGUGGUGGCUAUGCAGCCGUGACGCAGUGCGCUGGGCUGCAAGCAAGCAGGCAAGCCAGCAAGCAAGCAAGCAGGCAGGCAGGCAAGCCAGCAAGCAAGCAGGUGUGUGGACGAGACGAGAAGAAGUGUCUGGACGCGGGCAUGGAUGCGUACCUCACCAAGCCCAUCGACCCCGCCCUCAAGCUUCCAUGA